AUGCCUUUUCAGAACAGUGAUUUUGCUUCGAUCUUAGCAGAGACGAGCCUGCGCCAGGGCUACCUAGAUGGAUUUCAAAGGGGACAUCGCGCCGCUUGCCUGCCUUAUUUGGGAAACCCCAACUCCACAGGGCUUGGCACAACCUCCGUGGCCGAGCAAGCCUUCCUCAACCUGGAGCUCCGACAGAGACUGAAGGAGAAGGAACCUCAGAUUGCGAUGAAGCGCCUCAACACCGGCAAGAAAACAGAAAUGAGAGCUCUGAGCAGCAGUCUGUACAAGAGUGCAUCACCUUAUGGCUCUCUUAAUAACAUAGUGGAUGGGUUAAGCUCCCUCACCGAGCAUUUCUCUGACCUAUCCCUCUCUUCAGAAGCCAGAAAACCCAGCAAGAGGCCACCUCCUAACUACCUGUGCCACCUCUGCUUUAACAAGGGACACUACAUCAAAGACUGCCCACAGGCUCGUCCAAAAGGAGAAGGCCUGACUCCAUACCAGGGCAAGAAACGCUGCUUCGGUGAAUAUAAGUGCCCCAAGUGCAAGAGAAAAUGGAUGAGUGGAAACUCCUGGGCUAACAUGGGACAAGAAUGUAUCAAGUGCCACAUUAAUGUUUAUCCUCACAAACAGAGACCCCUGGAAAAGCCGGAUGGCCUGGAUGUUUCUGAUCAGAGCAAAGAGCAUCCCCAGCAUCUGUGUGAGAAGUGCAAAGUUUUGGGCUACUACUGCCGCCGUGUGCAAUAAACCUUCGAAGUGGCCUCUUCCCAUCCCCAUCAUCCUUAAAGAUCCUCUGGCAGCACGUGAUCAACAGCAACACAACAAAUCAAGAUAAAAGCUAAAAUAAUUGCCAAUAUUGCCUAUCUAAUAAUAUGCCUUACCAUUAAUAGAAUGUAACAUUUCUCCUGCGCGUGCACAUGCAUGCAACAGGUAUUUACAGGACUGAUCUGUAUACAUGCAUAUAUAUAUAAAUUUAUAUAUAUGUACAACACAUCCAUAAAGCGUUACUGACAGUGUUCACAACAGAACCAUGGUUGCAGGUUCUGCUGAUUGUUUACACAGACCCUAUAUCACGGCCAGGUGAAAUGAAGUACUAUUCAAUAGGCAAGGUAUAAUAUUCACAAGGAAUAGAUGUUAUACAUAUGGCUUUUGCAGAGGUUAAAUAACUGCGGGGCCACUAACUGUAAGCACUCAACCACAAUAUGAACGUUAUUCUUAUUAUAUGACAAGACAAAGGAAGAUGAAACAAGCCACAGCAUAAAAGAAGGAA